UUCUGCCCAUGAAAUGUUGUAGAAAGACCGUAUAAAAUUUGGUACACAAUUUUGUGCUUCAAAAUAUUUGCAGCAUUACCAUAUGGGAUUUUGAAAUAUAGGGAAGGCCUGCAUUCUAUUGUGUGUUGGCGAAGCAAUUGAUUUGUGAGCGUUCGCUUCUUCUGCGUUUGUGCCUGAUUGAAUCGAAUCAAGUUAACAUCCAAAUAUGGCAAGCACAGGUACACGAAGUACAAAUGCAAGCAGUGCAUCCAACGCCAGUGCUAAUGCCAGUUCCAAUGUGAAUACGAAUGUAAGCACGGGUGCAACUUUAGAUGAAAGCCUCUUCACUCAACUUAUAUCGGAGGUUAGCUUUUCUCAAGAGCGCCGAGACGAGACUCUCCAAGCUCUAAAGGAGGAUGUUGGUGGGUUGCUUGACAAGUCAUUGGAGGUGGAUGCAUGGAAGUUUGCUGCACCACGGUCUCAAUUACAUCUCCUCUCUGGAACAGGAAUUCCAUCCUCUAGGUGGAUCCAAAGUAUGAGGCAAGAACUUAUGGAAAGUAUGAAGGUAGAGCUUAUGGAAACUGAAAAUUCACAACCUUGAAGUUUUUGAGAGAAUUAACAUUGUUCUGAAGGGUUAUAGUUGAAGCAACACAAAAACCUGUGGGUGUAUGAUUAUGUAGGUCGUUUUAGUGGGUUAAUACAAGAUAAUUGUUGAUGAUGUUGAAGUAGAACUAAUUUUUUUUUGUUUGGAAUUUGAUACUAGCAGUUUUAUCAAUCAGAUGCCUGGAAUGUUUGACAGCUAAUAUAUUUAUGUAUUUGUAUGAACGAAGUCUCUAGAAUUUGUAAUGCUAGAAAUGUAUCUGUAACUAGAGUUUGCAGGAUAUGGCAUAACAGGCAACGGAAGCCUCUGCCAUUGUGUCUCAGUGUAACUUUUUUCCAUUCCUUAUGCUGUAAAAAAAUUGAAUAUUAAGGAUCUUUGUGCUAGUUCAUGCUCU